UGACAAUAGGUCUCAAAUCCGCCUCCCCAAAGGCAAGGGGCUUGGGGUAUCUAUGGGAUAAAGAAUAAAGAAGCAGGGCAGUAUGAGGCAUAGGGAGCAUGAGGAAAGGUGAUUGGAAAAAGGUGUGCUCAUCAUUGUUCUGAGUUGGCGUAACUAGGCUACGGGGCUCAGCACAUUCUCAGGCUGUAGUUUUCGGCCCUCUGAUGGCAGGAGGUCAAAAGGCACUGGCCCAGGUGGAAGAUCGGUGGUCCUCUCCAGUCUUAACCAGCUCAGCCUAACUAGACACAGCUGAUUCCAAGUUCCUGGACAAUACCCGGGGCAAACAUCUUAUUGCUUAUGCUACAUGCUAUUUGGAGGAUGUGCAAGUGUUCAAGCUACCUUGAGGAGUGAAGACAGGAUUUGACUAAUCCUUACACGUGGUUUCACCUCCAGAUGAGCAGAAGAGGCCUGUAGGCUGAAUCUGGCUCCUGGCACCUGGAAUUGGAGGCAGAUGGUUUAAAAACAGGCUCUCCCACCCUCUGUGUUAUCUUAGGUAGAUAGACUAUUGAACCUUUCUGUGCCUGUUUCUCCACCAGCAGCAUGGGGACACUCAGAGUCCCUCUCUUGGGGGCUGUUAUGGGGGUUCAGUGAGAUAUAGAUGCAUGCACAGGCACACGGGAGACACCCAGUGUGUGUUAGCUUCCUGCUUACUUUUAUUAGGAGACCAGUAUUGUUAGAAGAUUUCUGGUUUGGACAACAAAUUAGAUAGGUGGUCAUUACUAUAGUUUAUGCGACAGCAAUUCACAUUACCAUUUGCAAAAAAGCAGUUGGUUGUCCAGUGGGGAUUAUAAACAUCCAUUUACCAUGAGCUACUGAACAGAUACUUUACACAGUAACUACUUCAAGUACUAUUUAAGAUCAAUUCUCUAUGUUGUCUUAAGCAGUUGUUAACCCCCAAUUUCGUGAAUAGUACCAAGUAAGUCACUUGAACAUCAGCUAGAGCAAUCUAUUUCACUUAGCAAGCCUAAAGCUAUAGUUCAACAGUUUUAUUUACUGUUCUAUGACAAAAAUUACUCUCAACAGCUAUGCCCUGGAUAAGUAAUCAGCUAAAGCUAGUUUGACUGACCAAAUCUGAUUUACUGAGUUAAUAAGCCAGUUGAUUUAGAAAGGUCUAAUGUAUAUUUCUCAUCCAUUCAGCAUUAAACUGUUUCCCAUGCCUAAAAUGUCUUUUUUCCCAUUCGUACCUAUCCAAAUUCCUACUUCUGUGCUGUAGGGCUUGGCUGAACUACAACUGCCUUUAGUGACACUUUUCUCACCUGCACAAUUGGAGAUAAUUUUAGUCUCCUCAAGACUCCCACGGGGUUACCUCUGUUGUGACACUUGACGAUUUGGUGGCAUAUUAUUUUAUUUUAUUUUAUUUUAUUUUAAAUAGCCUUCCAUUACUCCGUGCACAUCAAACAGUAAAUGCUUUCUCCUAGUAAAGGUGCAUAACAAUUUUCUGAACUCUUCUGCUCUGGGCAAGAUUCAUAAAUACACCAGGCAAACAUAGUGAAAGAGGAGACAGUACUUGUGUUAUAUUCAGUUGGGUCUUGAUACCUAAGUGUGACUCUUAACCAAGGAUUAUGCAGUAAUUAAGGACACAGGUUAAAGUUGUUUAGAGUGUGUCCUAAAGUCUCACUGGCAGAAUUUAAAUCUCUACUCUGGAAAUUGUAGACCUGAGACAGAUUACUUCCCUAAACUUCAUUUCCUACAUCUGAGGAAGAUAAUAGUAUCUACCUUGCAGUAGACUGAAUAGUACCAUUGCCCCCAAAUGUCCACCUUCUAAUCCCCAGAACCUGUGAAUGUCACCUUAAAUGGCAGAAGGGACUUUGCCAAUGGGAUGAAAGUAAGGGUUUUGAGAUGGGGAGAUUCUUCUGGCCUACCUGGAUGGACCCAGAUGUAACCACUGGUGUUCUCGUAAGAGAGAGGCAGAGGGAGUUUUUACUCCAAAGAGAAUGUGAUGAUGAAGUUGGGGUUGGAUUGAUGUGGCCAGAAGUCAAGGAAUGCUGUCAAGGAAACAGAUUCUCCCUUAGAGCCUCUAGAAGGUGGAUGGACGGCCUUGUCAACUCCUGGUUCCAGCCCAGGGAAACUGGUUUUGGACCUCUGUCUUCCAGAACCAUAAGAGAAUGAGUGUGUUUUGUUUUACGCAAGCUCAUUGGUAGUAAUUUGUUACAGCAGCCAUAGGGAACUAAUGCGUACCUCAUAGGAACUAUUUCUCCAAUUAAAAUGUGUGACUGGAAACACACUUGGUGGCAUGUCUGACACCCGGUAGGUAUGCUACUGUGGGUAGUUCUUGGAAACUAAAGCCUUGGUUUUUGAGGAAUCAUCAAAACCAGUACAAUGGUUGCCAUGUUCCUCCUUGUUCAUCCUGGUGACAAACCUGUAGAGAGAGCUCCAUCCUUUCCCACAGGACACCCACCCCUAGUACUUACAGGGAAGAGGUUAUGUCUCACUUCAGGCACCUUCCUCUUUUCCUUUCUACUUUUUUUUUUUCAUUAAUCUUCAUCCAACUGGCCUUUCUAAGUUAAAAAAAAAAACAAGACAAAACCAUUUCUCAAUGGAUUCAGAUACUACCCCAAGUUAAUAAUCCAACCAUGUUCUUGUUCUUCCGGGUCUCAUCACCAGAAAUUUCUGAGCUGAAAUCCUCUCUAGUUUCUAGGAUCAGUCACUUUCUAAUUUCUCCCUUCUCAAGUUCAGAGUCUUGUCAGUUUAGUCCCUUCCCUAACCACAACAUCUAUUAAGGUGACACAGCAAAGUGAUGAAAGUCUCGACGGUCUGGUUUUCAUCCUGGGUUUCUGCCCGCUACUUACUAUGUGGCAUUAGACAAGCUAUUCAACCCCUCUGGGCCUCAGUUUCCCCCAAAAAAGGUGAAUAUUAUGAACAUUACCUACCUAUAGGUUUGCCAUUAUGAGGAUUAAGUGAGUUAAUAUUUGCUAAGCACUUAGAAGAUUACUUGUUAUAGUCUAAGCACUACAGUUGUGCUUGUUAAUAAUAAUAAAUGCAAUUCCAAGCGUAUAACUUACUCAACUUUCUGUCAUAACUUUGAAGUGUUGGUCUAUCUGUUGGCCAGCGUUGCAGGUAAAUGAGUCGAGGCAUGGGCUGAGGCAUUGCUACCAGUGAGUGGUGUGUUCCCAGAACUAGGAACAGCCAUGUGAAAUAGGUAGCGGUUCUACGUGGAGACAGGGCAGACUGGAAAAUAACAGCGCUGGGAAGGAGGUGUGGUGUCCAUAGGUUUGGUGUCAGAGCUGCUGCCUGCUGAAGCACCGAUGCCGGCUUAAGCCGUAAAUGGGGGGGGGCUGGGGAAAACAGGGGCAGAAUAGAAAGGGAAAACAGGGGAAGAACGGAGAAAGAUAGCCUAGGGAGGAGGUGUGGUGUCCAUAGCUUCGGGGUCAGAGGUGCUGCCUGCUGCAGCACCGAUGAUACCCGAAGCCGUAAAUGGGGUGCUGGGGAAAAGGGGGGCAGAAUGGAAAGGGACAACAGGCGCAGAACGGAAAACGAUAGCCUGGGAAGGAGGUGUGGUGUCCAUAGCUUCGGGGUCAGAGGUGCUGCCUGCUGCAGCACCGAUGACCCCCGAAGCCGUAAAUGGGGUGCUGGGGAAAUGGGGGGCAGAAUGGAAAGGGACAACAGGGGCAGAACGGAAAACGAUAGCCUGGGAAGGAGGUGUGGUGUCCAUAGCUUCGGGGUCAGAGGUGCUGCCUGCUGCAGCACCGAUGACACCCGAAGCCGUAAAUGGGGUGCUGGGGAAAAGGGGGGCAGAAUGGAAAGGGACAACAGGGGCAGAACGGAAAACGAUAGCCUGGGAAGGAGGUGUGGUGUCCAUAGCUUCGGGGUCAGAGGUGCUGCCUGCUGCAGCACCGAUGACACCCGAAGCCGUAAAUGGGGUGCUGGGGAAAAGGGGAGCAGAAUGGAAAGGGACAACAGGGGCAGAACGGAAAACGAUAGCCUGGGAAGGAGGUGUGGUGUCCAUAGCUUCGGGGUCAGAGGUGCUGCCUGCUGCAGCACCGAUGACACCCGAAGCCAUAAAUGGGGUGCUGGGGAAAAGGGGGGCAGAAUGGAAAGGGACAACAGGGGCAGAACGGAAAACGAUAGCCUGGGAAGGAGGUGUGGUGUCCAUAGCUUCGGGGUCAGAGGUGCUGCCUGCUGCAGCACCGAUGACACCCGAAGCCGUAAAUGGGGUGCUGGGGAAAAGGGGAGCAGAAUGGAAAGGGACAACAGGGGCAGAACGGAAAACGAUAGCCUGGGAAGGAGGUGUGGUGUCCAUAGCUUCGGGGUCAGAGGUGCUGCCUGCUGCAGCACCGAUGACGCCCGAAGCCAUAAAUGGGGUGCUGGGGAAAAGAGGGGCAGAAUGGAAAGGGAGAACAGGGGCAGAACGGAAAACGAUAGCCUGGGAAGGAGGUGUGGUGUCCAUAGCUUUGGGGUGAGAUGGGCUGCCUGCCUGAUCUGAGAAAAGCGAGUGAAAGUGGGAGAGCUUCUCCCUAGCUGCUAACUCUUCUCAAGGUCUAGCACGCUCUGAACACUGGCCGGCUCAGCCUGGGUGUUGACAUUGCAUUGUACGUGUCACAGAGCAAGGGCGGGUCAGGGGGUGGUAUGGGGGCCCCACACAAGCCCAGGCCCUGGAGAAACCCGGCCCGAGGGCAAAGAGCCCGACCCCUUCUGGGCUUUCUAGCGGCUGGGACUUGUCGCUGUGGGUGGCAGGUGUUUGGCACCGGAUGGGUCACCAUGCGGAGACUGUUGGGGACUGUGGAAGUCUUCUCCUCCAGAGCUCACCCUGCCUGGGCACCGGCUCUGCAGACCCCUCAGCCCUGGCUAUGUAUCGGCCAGCCCUUCCCCGCAACGGGGCCCAGAGGCCAGAGCAUGCCCAGAGCUGAGUGGAGGAGGCACCCAGAGUUUGCCAGGCUGUGGCCCGCCACCUCCGUGGACCUCCCCAGCUUGUCCGCGAGCCCUGGAGACAGGAGCGCCUUCUCCAGGGCUGCUGAGCUACCAGCAUCACCAUGAGCCAGGCGGUGAAGGUUUCUGAGCAGGGGAUGCAGAGCCCUGACGCGACUGGAUGCUGCACCCCACGAUGUCCCUUCCUGGCAGGUAGGUUCUUUCUUCAUUUGUUUUUCGAAAUUUGGUAAAAGAACACUUAAACCUUCGACUGUUCUUCAGGGUAUACAGAUGGUAGUGGCUUAGCCGGGAUUCGAAGCAAGCCUGUGUGAUUCCAGAGCUCGUGCUCUGGACUCUGGUGCCUCCUUAUCAUAUAUGCUUCAUGUGUUACUUUUAGCCCUAAGUGCCAUACCUGUAAUGAACACAUACACUGCCCUGUAGGAGGUGUUCUUUUGUUCAACGCGUGAAUUGGUCAUCCACCACACUGGGUUCUAAUCUCAGAAGCUAGGUCAGGGACCACCAGUUGUCAGCAUAGCACCAUCCCACAUUUCUAAUUGAGGCUUGCAGCCUAGAUUUGUCCCUUUGGUCUAGUUUGAAGGAUCCAGGUAUGUAAAGCUUAUAUUCUAGAUAAAUCAGGGGCUCUCCUGAAAGGAAUUCAUCAAUGAAUUAUUCUGUAUGGAUUAGAAGCCAGUUUCUCUGGCCUUCCUGGAGUAUAUCCAGUAAGGCAUCUCAUUCAUGUCUAGAAAGCAAAUAUAUCAUUUAUUGCAACUUCAGCAUGGAGCGAUGUAUUGGUUUAAAAUAAAGUACGAUCAACACGAUUUGGUCAUUGUGAGUAUGCCGGCUGGGUCCACUCUUUACUACACAUAUGUAACUCUAGAGCUUCUUACGCCCCAUAGAGGAGACAUACUCUUGUGUGUCUAGGACAAGGGAAACGUGUGUUGUUAUUCAGGAGCUGGAAGCUACAGCAUGACAGGAAAGAACUGAAAAAUCCUGGUCUUGGUCUACACAUCACUUUACCUUGUUCGAAUCUUGUUUCUUUGGCUUGCUUCAUUGGAGUGUUUUCUCUCUCCUGGGACUGACAUUGUGUGUUAUAUAUCAGGCAUGUAACAUGUAGAAGUUUCAGAACCAGUGAAACUUUGUAUAUUUUUGUUUAAAAUCUAUUUAAAAUCACACUGGGCAUAAUUCAUAUAUUCCAAAAGUAGUUUGACCCUCUGCUCAUGAGAUUCUUUUUAUGGUAUGUCAAAGCAAAUUUGGACUUCCAUCCCCAAUAAACUUUGAGGUUGGAGGACACAAAAGCUUUUGCUCAGACCUAAAUUCUGUCUGAAGAAAAAGGGUAACUAUUAUAAGCCCUUUCUAACCUCUCCAGGAGCAGAAAUGAUUUACAGCUAUGGCAUUGAACCAUAAUUUCUUGAUCUCAUUUGAGAAGAGCUCAGUGAGAAACCGUGUCUUGAUUUUUGUUUGUUGGUUCCCUGUUUUCUUGUCUUGCUUACCAACAAUCCACUGUAAUCCAUGAGUGAGUAUGGCAGCAGGCUGAGUGUUCCCUGGAGCUCAUUAAGUGAACGUUUUUUCCUAAAAUGACUUUUGUCUCCUUGUUUUCAGCCCCUCUUCUUUCCUCUGUCCUUUACUAUAACCAGGGCUCAGCAAAAGCUGCCUGGCUUUGUGCAGACCCUACUUAGGGUAGUCUUUUCUUCAUUAUUUUAUUCAUGGCCCCUCCAUUUCAUUGUUUGCCUUCUCGAAAUGUGUUGAAAUCUU